AUGAAAUACGCUCUUUCCGGUCUCGCAGCCACUGCUGCUGCCGUUUCUCAUGCAAACCGGGCUACAUGUGAUGAGUCUUCGCUCAAUACUACCACCACUACCUAUACCACCACUUCCGAAGACACUAUCUUCACCGUUGCCAAGAAGUUCGACUGUGGCCCCUGUGACAUCGCCCGUUACAACCGGAUGAUCGAUGCCGAGCACAUGUUUGCCAAUUUCACUCCCCGCAUUCCUCCCCAGCAAAAUGCCACGGCUACUUGUCUCAAAGGUGGUCCGCAUGACUACAAAACCAUUGCAGGUGACACCAUUGAGGAAAUCGCUUUGUACAAGCUGAAAAUGACGGUCAAGUCGGUUUACGAGAAUGGCAAGAUGGCUGUUUCGUCUAUCCAUGAGGAGCUUCCCGCCAACACUUUCCUCAAGAUUCCCCAGUGUGUUUCUAGUGUCUGCCAUGUUACACCGUUCCACUUCACCUACGGUGUGUAUAAGGAUCUUGCAGAGAAGUUCGGUACCACUGUUGGACAGAUCAUGGCCUUCAACGGUGGUUACAACUAUAGUGAAUCGGCCGCGGAUGCGGAUGCGGAUGCGGCGUGGAUCAGCGUGCCUAUGGGAUGCAUAAACCUUGCUCUCAAUGUUACUGAGGAGAUUUGA